UGUUAUGAAAGCACUGCUGGAGGUCUGUUUUAGACAUAGACAGUAAUUAUAUUGAAACAUCAUGGAUAACAUAAAUAAAUACUUUAGUUCAAAAUCAUGGUAGAAAUUAAUAACUGUAAAAGCUGGCUGGAAAUUAAAUAUAUUGCUUUAGAAAAACUAGUAGUGAAGGUUCAGAAAAUAUCAAAACAUUUAAAAUUAUAAUUAUUAUAAUUUCACAUUCAGAAUUCUCCUGAAUUUGAGAAUGUCUGUCUGCUAACAAUGGAAACUGGAAGCAUGUCUGAACUUUGAUGAACAAUUGUAAUUGAAUGGAUUUUUCAACAACUCUAGGAAACUGCAAGUUAUUUACCUGUGUAGCUGCGGACGUUUUUGUACGGUGAGCAGCAUGGAACAGCUCUACUCCAGCCUCCGGACAGAAGUCCAUUCCUUUGAGAGACAUGUGCAGGACUGCAAGGCUGCCUUUGACCUUGACACUCUGAAAAGUGUACUGGCUUUACUCACAGAGGGCCAUCAUGGAGAGAUAGAGAGCCUGGACACUAUCCAGCAUCUAGCCAGGGCACAGAAAUCCACAGAGCAAAGCGUGGUAAAAUUGACCUUUAAUGACAGGAGUGCCGACAUUGACGGUUACAUUUCCUGGUUCUUUUCAUAUCUGGGUCACCUUGGGAAGCUAAAAGAAACUUUCGAUGAAAAACUAGUUAUCCCUCUUUGUGAGAAUCUUUAUGUCAAUGAGGAAGAGGUGGCACUAGACACUUCAUUUGCAUCUUCUUCAGAUUCCUCCUUAUCUUCUCUUCAGGGGUCCUUGCCCAUGUCUGGCCAUAAGAGACAGAGAGAGUCGACCAUGGAGUCAAUUACUGAAGUGGCCAAUGAGCUUUUUAGCAUUAGGCGGAAGUGGGCUUUGCUUCUAGCUCCUGGACCCAUCAGAGCAGAGAACUUUAGCCCUCAGAGUGUUCCUCAUGGACUUUGGGGAACUCAGUGCUUUGAAAAGGUCCUCCGACUGGUGCCAGAUGUCUUCUACAAGAGUCUUUUGGCCUGCAAUCUUGCAACUCAAUGGCUGGAUCACCACCAGAGGAAAUACAGUGACAGGGUUCCCCAGAAGCUCUCUACUCAUUGCAACUUUCAAGCAGGAUCAGAAAGUUUUAAAAGCCUUGACUCAGAAAGAAUGGAAAACAUACAGGUGACAUCUGGACUCCUUCAAACAGCUAGCUGGGAGAGUCAAGGAGAAAGGAUGGGGGAGAUCAGAGCCAAGCUCAGGGACAGCAGAAUGGAGCUGAUGAUGUUGGCCUGGAGGGACAAAAGAUCUAUGGCUUUGGAGAAAAAGAUUAGGGAGGUCUCACAGAGGAUCCAGACCUUUCAAUUUAUGUUAGGGGAGAAGAGGAAUGAAAUGGACCUCCUCCUGCACAGGGCAGAGUGGGAGGCAAGAGACGUGGAAGAAGAGGAGAUGCUGAACCAGAAGUACCGGGAAACGGCUGCCCAGGUUCAGAAUCUGGAAAAGCACCUGAAACUGGAGGAAUACCAUCAGAAAAUUCUGAAAGGAGACUGGAUGCUUGAGCUUGAAAUCCGGCCAGCUCUUAUCCGCCAAAUUGAUAUGAUCCAGGAUCGCUGCAAGGAACACGAGGAAAAACUAAAAGCGAAAGAAGGGUUGGAGAUCCAUCCGGAGUUGGUGCAGGGCAGCAACUUCCCCAGUCCAGAUACUAUCUCCAUCAUUUCCAGUUCAUCCAAUGUGUUCUCUCUCAAAUAGACAUUUACAGCAAUACCUUUAUUAGUACAAUAUAGCUUAUUAUUAUAAUUAUUUAUUUAUAGGGGGAAGAUUGCAAGCAAGAAAGACAAUCCUGGCAUAACAAGUGGGUUCUGUGCUACCUCUUAUAGAACUAACAUGUUGUAUUUUGACCAAGCAACCAUUUAUGACAAUGAAGUGGCACUACAAUGGCAAUGACGAUGGUAUCACAAGGGUAAUUACAUUUAAGCCAUUGAUAGAAUGGUACCACAGUUCCAAAGUUUUGUUAUUUAUACAAAUAAUAUACACAUUCCAUUGCAGUACUGUAGUGUAUUGGGACCAUCAUGCCUUAUUUGUUCCAAGUCUAUUGUGUUGUCAUUGCUGGUAAUGCUGUUAUUUCAAAACAAUAUAUCAAAUACAUUUCUGCUAAAUAAUUAUGUAAAUUUGAGCAAUCUGCCAGUGCUAAGCCAGAACCAGAGAAAAUAAUGAGCACAACUCAAGAUCAUCUUGGUCUAAUAUGAAACUGGGGCUCUAGCUGUAGUCUGCAAUCUGGUUUCCAUGAUAUCAGAAUGAACAGACCCAUUUCUGCCUACAUUGUAUUUAUAUUUUUGCUGUUUGAGGUUGUCUUUGCAUUGGACUGAUAAGGUUACAUCUUCCGAUAUGUUUGAUAAUUCAGGGUUUCUGAUAACCAUGGUUUAAAUUGAAUUAUGUAGUGAAAACUUAAAUUUAUACCACGGUGAUGUUGUUGAUGAUGAUUAUUAUUAUUAUUAUUAUUAUUAUUAUUAUUAUUAUUAUUAUUAUUAUUAUUAUUAAUCAGUUGCAUUUGCUAGUUUCACAUGUUUUGUUUUGUGUCAAUAUACGUCACCAACUGGAGGUAUGGCAGUAAAAAUAUCAGCACCCCGAGUGAAAGGCAAAUUUGCUUCCAAUCAACUUUAAAAUCACGCAAUGUGGAAGUUAAUUGCCAUUGAUCGGUACUUAAUUGAAUCAAUUCAGGCAGACAAGAGCAAAGGCACCUUUUCUUAUGAAAUUAUCUCUUUUUAAAAGCUUUGUUUCUGAUUUAUUUAAUUCCUGCAGACAAAAAAAAAAAAAAAAAAACAUGUUAAAGGGAAUUCCUCAGGAAAUCUGAGUAACUGCACAGCCCUAGUACACAUCAAAGCUUAUUGUGAACAUGUGAUCUUUGCAUUUAAUAUAGCACAGGUGCUACUGUAUUCAACUUUAUGUAAUUGAGGGAUGCACAGCACCCCCUACUGCUUUAAAAACUGGAAAAUCAUAGAAACCCAGCGCCAUCUAGUGGCUAGGAGUGUUUUCAAAGGGUUAGCAAUGGGGUUUAUUCAAUAAAUCCAACAGACAUUUGGAUCAUGAACAGUAGAAUUAACUGCCACACUUGGGAGUACAGUAAUCGUAUAUAGUGUGAAAGACCCAACAUCACAGUUUUUAAACCUGUCUAUCAUUUUGAUCGAACUGACGUUGACCUGCUCUUUCAAAAAUCAUUUCUAUAUAAUUUCAGAAUAAUUCAGCACUAUUGAAAAAUAUUUUAAGGGACACUCUUUUAGUUUAUAAGCUUUUAACAACUAGCUUACUGACACAUUAACAUGCAUUUUCAUUUUGUUUUUGGUAUACAAAUGUAAUAAAUAAAAGUAU